AUGAAUAACAUCGUACAUUCCAAUCCUAAGCUGAAUUUGUUACGUUUUUAUACAGGCUUUGCAACUAUUGCAGUUUUCAAUACCGUUUUAGAACUGAUUGUGCCAAAGAAGGACCGAAGUUCAAUAACAUACUGGGAUCGACGCAAAAGUAGUUCAUACACAUCUGGAGCUGAAUAUUUUGAAAGUGACUAUGAAAUGUCAGAAAGUGAAAGCAGUGAUGAAGAAGAUUUUGAUGCAUCUCAAGCAUCCAGGACUUACAAACUUUCUUUGGAGGAUGAAUUCUUACUGACUGUAAUGAAACUUAGACAGGGGUUAUUUAACAAGGACUUGGCAAACAGUUUUCAAAUUUCGUUAUCAAUGGUGUCAAGAAUUUUCAAUACAUGGAUAAAUUUAAUCUACAUAAGACUAGGUUCUAUGAAAGUUUUUCCUCAUCGUGAUAUAAUAUCAAAACAUAUGACACAUGAUUUUAAAAAGCAGUAUCCAAAUGUAAUGCUAAUUAUUGAUUGCACUGAGUUAAAAAUACAAAUGCCUUCUUCGUUAGUACGAAAGUCACAAACGUAUUCUGACUACAAGUUGGCAAACACAUAUAAACGCCUCGUUGGAGUAGACAGUCGUGGAGGAAUAAUGUUUGUGUCACAUUUAUACACUGGUGGAAUUUCAGACAAAGUAAUUUGUCAACGCAGUGGUCUCUUUGAUUUGUUAAAACAAAAAAUAGAGACUGGCGAAUUAAAACGUGGAGACGGAAUCAUGGCAGAUAAAGGAUUUACAAUUGCAAACGAAUUGAACGAGAUAGGUCUCUGUCUAAACAUUCCUCCAUUCCUUGGAAAAAGAAAACGAUUGUCUGCUGCAAAUGUACAGGAUACACAUGUAAUAGCUCAUCAUCGGAUACAUGUUGAAAGGGCCAUAGGAAAAGUUAGAAACUUCCAUAUAUUUGACAGAAGAUUACCUAUUAAAUCUGCUGGUGUUGUAAACCAAAUAUGGACUGAUUGUCACCUUUUGUCAAAUUUCCAGGACCCUCUUAUUGCAAAAACUUCAACUGACGAUGACUAA